CCGCCUCUCCUCCAUCAACCUGCGGUUCAUCCCGCUUUUCCAUUGGCUUUUUAUUCCACUGACAGGCGGCUAUUCCUGAACUCGCUUUAAUUGCAUCUAUUCCGCGUCUCCCGCGAUACGAUCGGAAGCGACAGAGUUAAUUUCGCUCUUUUCCACACGCAGAUGUCUAUUUAGCUCGGAAUUAGACCGUGGUUUAUUGGUAGACUGUCGGUUGCGCUCUAAUUCAAUCAGCAGAGAUCGUGCUGGAGGUGGGGCCACCGAGCAGAACAGCGCGCACCACAACAUUAUUUUCCUGUAAGUGCAUCCAAAAAAACAUGAGUGAUUCAGAGAAACAAACAGUCUCCUUUAAAGACAAGGAUGGAGCUGAGAAAAGGGGACGAGGAAGACCAAGGAAACAUCCAAAGGAAUUGAGUGGGUCGCCUACUGCGAAAAGACCAAGAGGACGGCCAAAAGGCAGCAAAAACAAAGGCCCAUCCAAGAGGAAAUCAUCGGCUUCUGCCAGCAAACCUAAGGGGAAACCGAAGAAAGAGGAAAAGGAAAAACCACAGGACUCAUCUGAGGACGCUGAGGAAGAUGACGAGGAGGAGCAGUAACAAUCUAACUGGAGCACUACCUCAUACUCAACCAAACAAACCAACCGUCUGCUCUCCAACCCGUGAAUAACAUGGAAUGUCAUUCACAUCUUUUUUACAGCCACAAAAGGACAGUAAUAGAUGUAAUGUUCUGCAUAACACAUGACUUUUAUGUAAUUAGAUCAAAUAUACUGUAGAAUCUUACUGCAUACAAAUUUCCAGUUACUUUUACUAUAUAUCUAUUGGACUGAGGUGCUUUUCUACUUAUGCUUGGUUUGUAGUUCUGUUUAGUAUGUUUUGUGUCCAUGUUGUAGACUAGAUUUAGAUCAAGCUAUAAUUUAAUGUGUAACAUCAUGAGCUUAAUAGUUCUCAUAGAAUGCAUUGAUUCUGAAUGUAGCUGUUUACAGUUUACCAAUUAACAGUUUACCUAGCUUUUUUUUAGUGUAUAUUACUGUGUAAACAUCAGUGAAAAUUAGUUUCGAGGCAGGUUCUUAUAUUUUGUAAUCAAAUAUAAGUUGCCUGGUUUGAGGGAGCUCGUAGAUUUAGCUUGAAGGAAUAGUUCAGCCAAAAAUGCUAAUUUGUUGAAACUUUACUCACCCUCAGGACACCCAGGAUGUAAAUGAGUGUUUGUUCAUCAAAACAGAUUUGGAGAAAUGUAACAUUACAGCACUUGCUCACAGAGGAUCCUCUGCAGUGAAUGGGUGCCGUCAGAAUGAGAGUCUGAUUAGAAACAUCACAA